AUCACAAAUAAAGUGCCGCAAAAGUAUACAGUGACAAUGCAACUUUUACAAAAAGUUAUUAACAAUUGUGACAUGGUGUUAAAAUUUAUAUAGAAAAUAGAAGAGAGAAAGAGAAAUGGAGAUGAAAUAAGACAUGGGACAUAAAUUUAGAUUUAGUGGGGGAAUGCUGAUGUUGACCUGAGAAAUGAACAUUAUUUCUUCUGGCCUGAAUAACCUGUUUGUUUACCUGGAUUUCUGAAACAGACUGUAGUUAUGGGUUUUCCGUUUGGUUCUAUUUAAAACCAGGUGGAUACUAUUGGUUAAUUUAUCUUUAUCUAGGGCAAGCUGAUCUGUGUGUACACACUGGAAUUAGGUCAGAUAUGUGCGUUUCCGCAGUAAACAAUUGGACCAUUACGCUAAUUUGAAAAACACGGAAACACCAAUACGGAAUAGAUCGCACGGUACCUUUUCAAUGAGGAACGAAGACGGAUCGUCUAUAGAGGCCGGACAUUUUACUGAUGUACAAGAUGUAUCGAGAUUCCCUGUUCAAGUUAGUGAUGCCCGAGAGAAUGAAACCCCUAAGAUGGAAUACAAUGACCGUUGUAGAACAAAUCAGACAGAAACAGGACACGAACAUAGAAAUAACCUGAAAUGGAAGAGAGCCAAAUAUCCAGAUAACGAGGAAAUUAACAACAGAUUAGAAACAUACCGUGGAUGGCCGUUGGUAGAACCAAGCCCCAGUACACUAUGCGAAGCUGGAUUCUUUUACACAGGUCACAGCCACGACCUUGUCCGUUGUUUCUGCUGUGGUAUAGGCUUGAAAGAUUUCUCUGAGACGGACAAUCCACUGCUGGAACACGCGAAACAUUCAUCGAAAUGUCCGUUUAUGAUUGACCACUUUGGAAGUCAGGAAGCGUUAGAACAAUACAAGCAAAGAUUCGUUAAUCAGGAUCCUGAAGAGAUCAGACGAAGACAACGUGACCUGUUUCAAAGGCAACAAGUUGCAUGUCACACAGUUACAAACUACAGAGCCAAACACGAGCGGUUCCGUGCGCUGUCUGCUCGACUGGAUACAUUCACACACUGGCCUUUACAUUUAUCCCAGAGACCAGAACAGCUGGCAGAUGCAGGAAUGUACUACACAGGUGUUGAUGACCAUUGUCGCUGUUUCGCCUGUGACGGUGGAUUGAUGAAAUGGGAACCAGGAGAUGAUCCUUGGAUAGAACACUGUCGAUGGUUUCCGGGUUGUCCUUAUGCUAGAGAAAUCAAGGGUGAUGAAUUCAUUAACCUUAUCCAACUUUCUAUCGACCAGGCCAUGGAGGAAAAUGGAUCGAAUCAUCAAGAUGACGUAAGCGGUGCAAUGACUGCUACAACUACUGAAGACAUAAAUAUUCAACGCAUAGUCAAGCAAAAUACAAAACUGCUAAUAUUGGACAUGGGUUUUCCAAUUGACGAUGUAAACGUCGCUGUUCAGGAACUGGUUCAACAAGCCACCACUGAUCCAGAUGUUGAUGAUAUCAUAACUCGUCUGGAGGUAAUGAAUGAGAGAAGGCUACUUGAAAACCAGACCGGGAAAGCACAAGAACCACCAGAUCCUGGGGGAACAACCUCGGCAGGAGCGUUAUUGGAACAAAAUCAACGACUAAAGAGCAUGCUUCUUUGCCAUUUAUGCCACAACAACCCAGUGAACGCCUUGUUUCUACCCUGCACACAUCACAAAUAUUGUUUGGACUGCAUACAGCACGGCGAUAGAUGUCCAGACUGUGGCAGACCGAUAAAGGAAAAGAUCCGCACAUUUAUGGGAUGAUCAAACGAUCAAAGAGCAUGCUUCUUGGCAAUUCAUGCCACAACAAUAAAGUGAACGCAUGUUUUAUUCAAAAACCUCUCGAUUCAAAAUAGUGUGGACCGAGUCUCAUUUCAAAGUACUGCAGAUAAAAGCAAAAAAGCAUCUAUAUAUAUAUAUGAAUAUGUUGAGCCUCUGUAAGUGAAUAUGUCUUAAUGUUCGAGGAAAUCAUUGCGGUUAUGUUUUUGUCUGGUAUAUGAACUAUAUAGAAAGACAUUAUGGUUUAUGUCAGGCUCCUUUCGUAACAUACAAACACCACAUAUUUAUAUAAAACGAAAACGUAAACCAAGGACAAAAAUAAUUUCUGUUAUCAGAAAGUAUAUAUUUUUUGUACAGCCAGAGCAACUUUCUUUUUUGAUGCGAAAGUAACAACUGCGCAUGCGCUUACAAUCGUUCUGAUUUUAAAGAAGCUGUAUACUUGCCACUGCUACCCAACCAAGCAUAAUUUCAGUUGUAUUUAACACAAUUGUCACAUACAUGAAUAUUAAAUAUUAGUUAUUCCAAUGUUUCCUUUAAUACUUGAAAAUCCACUUCACCAUUAAUUAUAAUGAUAUUGAAUUUUGCUCUAUAGACAAUUUUGCAGUGCCUUUAUAUUCAAAUAACAAAACGCAAAAUGACAGUUCGAUUAUUCGAAUAUUUAUCUUCUCUGCACCAGGGAGCGUACGCAGUGAAGGCACAUUUCAUUUUUGAAUUCACCAUUAAAUGAAUGUAGACAAAGAAACAGAACUAUGACGUUAUCUAAUGGAUCAGCAAACACAUUAGCUUCACAAACUAUUGUAGAUACUUGUAAGAAUAGCUAGUGGAUCAUCACCAAAUUUUAUCUAAUACAUAAACAUACCUUCAAACAUGAAUUACUACACAGUUCGAUCGCUUUUCUUAUAACAAUCUUUCCCAUGAUGCUCUUUUCAUUAAAAUAUAGCGUUUAUAUUCCACGCUUCAUUUAUGCCCUAUUUAAAACGUCACCACUAAAAUGGGCAUGCAUUAUAUCUAAUAUGACAUGUCUAACACAGCAUGCGUCUACUCUGCUUUGCAUACUAAUAUAUAGCGAAUUAAAUCAAUAAUGCAACAGGUGUGAACACUGCUAAACCGAGUUGUCUCAAUAUACAAUAAUGCACAUUUUUUAAUGAUAACAUUUGGAACUUUUAGCAUUAUAUUCAUCCUUUUUUUUUAUAGAUUGUGUUAUUUCCGUAUGAAGUGGCGUUGUUUAAUUUUAGAUUGAAGUUGUUUUUGUUGACAUUAUGAUCAUUUGUCCUUUAUGCGGUUGUUAUUGAUGAAUUUUUACAAAAAUGUCAUCGCCCGUGUAUAUUACAAUUUAUUUGUUUCAUUUUCAUUUGAUCCUUUAACGUGUGGUUUUCUGAAAUAGUUAUGCUGUAUAUACUAUAAUAAGGAUCUUAUAAAAAUCAAUAUUUGUCAUGAUCUACCAUUUAAAAAUAUUGAUGUAUGACUUUCUUUUGCUACUACAAUUAGUAUAACAAUGAUCUAUCAAACAGGUUACAAAUACUCGUAUGCAUGUGGUACAUGUAUAUAAUACAUAUUUUUAAAGCUGUAUAUACAUUUAUUAAAUGAACUUGAAAACUUAAAACAAAGACUUUGAAUACAAUGUAAACAUAGUUUUGCAAUCUGAUGGUCUGUUACUUUUGUUUAAGUUAGAAUCUGUCAAUUUUAACAGUAUUGUCUUUUCACUUUAAAAACAAAAUACAAACAUGUACACGUCGGAAUGUUGUUUUCAUUUAUUUCUAUUUUGUGAUUGCCACAGUUGUUUUGCAUUGAAAUUUGCAGUCGCAUUUAAAUAAAAACACAUUUAAAAUUGUAAUAAAUACAGGCUUCAAUGUUUCCUUAACGAUGACUAUUUAAUUCUUAAUAAAUGAGCACGCUAUUGAAUCCGAAUACCAAUUUUUUCUAAAUUGCCCAAUAUAUAAAGAUAUUCGAACAAUAUAUUGUAUUCGAUCAAACUGGGCAAAUUAAGUGCAAUUUGAAAAAACAUAAUAUCUUGACCAAAAAAAAGAGUCAUUAAGAACGUUGCCAGAUUCAUUACUGAUGCCAUAAAAAUCCAUGAGGAAAAAUUACAAACAUUUGCUGGCUCUUAAAUCAAUACUGUAUUUUACCCUAAAUAUGUUGUCUAAACAUUACUUAUUUGCUCUUCUCGAAUUGUUGUAAAUUAUGUUUGAACACUUUCAUUGUAGUUUGUGUUUGUUUGCAUGUUUAUAUGGGUAUUGCACUGAUUCAC